AUGUCUACUCCUGGUCUCCAAGACGUCUUCCCCAGGUCUCCACGCAUCUACCCCAGGUCUCCAAGAUGUCUACCCCAGGUCUCCAAGAUGUCUACCCCAGGUCUCCAAGAUGUCUACUCCUGGUCUCCAAGACGUCUUCCCCAGGUCUCCAAGCAUCUACCCCAGGUCUCCAAGACGUCUUCCCCAGGUCUGUCUCCAAGACGUCUACCCCAGGUCUCCAAGAUGUCUACCCCAGGUCUCCAAGACGUCUACCCCAGGUCUCCAAGAUGUCUACCCCAGGUCUCCAAGAUGUCUGCCCCCGGUCUCCAAGACUUCUACCCCUGUUCUCCAAGACGUCUACCCCAGGUCUCCAAGAUGUCUACCCCAGGUCUCCAAGAUGUCUGCUCCUGGUCUCCAAGAUGUCUACCCCAGGUCUCCAAGACGACUGCCCCCGGUCUCCAAGACGUCUAUCCCAGGUCUCCAAGACGUCUGCCCCAGGUCUCCAAGACGUCUACCCCUGGUCUCCAAGACGUCUACCCCAGGUCUCCAAGACGUCUAUCCCAGGUCUCCAAGACGUCUAUCCCAGGUCUCCAAGACGUCUAUCCCAGGUCUCCAAGAUGUCUACCCCAGGUCUCCAAGAUGUCUACCCCAGGUCUCCAAGACGUCUAUUCCAGGUCUCCAAUACGUCUGCCCCAGGUCUCCAAGAUGUCUACCCCAGGUCUCCAAGAUGUCUGUCCCUGGUCUCCAAGACGUCAACCCCAGGUCUCCAAGACGUCUGCCCCAGGUCCCCGAGUGGUCUGCCCCAGGUCCCCGAGUGGUCUACCCCAGGUCUCCAAGAUGUCUACCCCAGGUCUCCAAGACAUCUACCCCAGGUCUCCAAGACGACUGCCCCCGGUCUCCAAGACGUCUAUCCCAGGUCUCCAAGACGUCUACCCCAGGUCUCCAAGACGUCUACCCCUGGUCUCCAAGACGUCUGCCCCAGGUCUCCAAGACGUCUACCCCUGGUCUCCAAGACGUCUACCCCAGGUCUCCAAGACGUCUAUCCCAGGUCUCCAAGAUGUCUACCCCAGGUCUCCAAGACGUCUAUUCCAGGUCUCCAAUACGUCUGCCCCAGGUCUCCAAGAUGUCUACCCCAGGUCUCCAAGAUGUCUACCCCAGGUCUCCAAGAUGUCUACUCCUAGUCUCCAAGACGUCUUCCCCAGGUCUCCAAGCAUCUACCCCAGGUCUCCAAGAUGUCUACCCCAGGUCUCCAAGAUGUCUACUCCUGGUCUCCAAGACGUCUUCCCCAGGUCUCCAAGCAUCUACCCCAGGUCUCCAAGACAUCUACCCCAGGUCUCCAAGACGUCUUCCCCAGGUCUCCAAGACGUCUUCCCCAGGUCUGUCUCCAAGACGUCUACCCCAGGUCUCCAAGAUGUCUACCCCAGGUCUCCAAGAUGUCUACCCCAGGUCUCCAAGACGUCUACCCCAGGUCUCCAAGAUGUCUGCCCCCGGUCUCCAAGACUUCUACCGCUGUUCUCCAAGACGUCUACCCCAGGUCUCCAAGAUGUCUACCCCAGGUCUCCAAGAUGUCUGCUCCUGGUCUCCAAGAUGUCUACCCCAGGUCUCCAAGACGACUGCCCCCGGUCUCCAAGACGUCUAUCCCAGGUCUCCAAGACGUCUACCCCAGGUCUCCAAGACGUCUACCCCUGGUCUCCAAGACGUCUGCCCCAGGUCUCCAAGACGUCUGCCCCAGGUCUCCAAGAUGUCUACCCCAGGUCUCCAAGACGUCUACCCCUGGUCUCCAAGACGUCUACCCCAGGUCUCCAAGACGUCUAUCCCAGGUCUCCAAGACGUCUAUCCCAGGUCUCCAAGAUGUCUACCCCAGGUCUCCAAGAUGUCUACCCCAGGUCUCCAAGACGUCUAUUCCAGGUCUCCAAUACGUCUGCCCCAGGUCUCCAAGAUGUCUACCCCAGGUCUCCAAGAUGUCUGUCCCUGGUCUCCAAGACGUCAACCCCAGGAGGGGGUGCUGAAGGUGGGAUGCAGGCCCCUCCCCUGUGGGGCCUGGUGACACAAAGUCUCCCAGGGCGAGCGUGGGCCAGCCUGGGUGGCUCCAGACCUUCUGUGUGCCUCAGUGUGUGA